UUGAGGCAACAGAGAGCAUGGCGGGCGCCGCAGCCAUGGACAGCGACCUCAUGAGAUAUGCCGAAUACACCCCGAAAUCGAGCGUUCGCAGUGAAACCGACAUCGACAAACGAUUUGGUGGAACUUUGAUUGCUGUUGGACUUGGCGUUGCUGCUGCAGCAUUUGCAGGCCGUUACGCACUUCAUCUGUGGAAACCUUUAGGACAAGUUAUUUCGGAAACUGCAAAGAAAAUUCCUACCUCGGCCUUUUCAUCGUAUUACAAAGGAGGUUUUGAACAGAAGAUGACUAAACGGGAAGCCAGCCUCAUCCUGGGCGUCAGUCCAACGAGCAGCAAGGCGAAAGUACGAGAAGCACACAAGAGGAUCAUGGUUUUGAAUCACCCUGAUAAAGGCGGAUCGCCCUACUUGGCGGCGAAGAUCAACGAAGCGAAAGACCUGCUGGAUUCAAGCUCGCGGCGCUGACCCAUUUGAUUCCGCCCUUUUCCCGGAAAGCCACUCUUCUGUUUGUUGCAUUCCUACCCUCCUCCCCAGCCCCCUUUUCUGGGUUCCCCACACAUACUCAUCAUACAUGCAGUUUUCCUAUGCAGUGUCACUGAAACCACCACACACAGCUUCCAUCGUUGUACCCCACACAGCAGCCUCACAUCCCCAGCAUCUGGGGAGUCUGGAUGUCCACUGCAGCGGAGCCGCUGGAAGGAGCGUCGAGCCUGUGGACACCCACGCACAGCAGCUGGGAAAACACGCUGUGGCUCUGUUCAGUGUACUGCCGCUGCACUGAUCCUGUAACCCACUACAUACCCAUGUGUAAGUGAGACACAAUGGUCACCUGUCUGCAACUGGCUGUGUGAACUACGUUCUCUUGAGAAUAUUACUGCAGUCAUCAAAUGUUACUUUUUUCAGCUUGCAUACGAAUAAUGAAACUGGGAGUCCGUGAAAUGUGACAUUUGCGUGGGUUGGUGGAACGUCACUGUACAUUGUAGUUAUUUAUAAUAGGAUCCUCAAUAAAGAAAUUUAUGUAGA